AUGUCUGAAGAAACAGCGGCCGAAUCGCCCAAGACCUAUCCAGACUCGACCUUCAAGCUCCCCCGGCCAUUCGGCAACAUCUUUAAUGCCAGUGCCUAUCCUCAGUGGGAGCCUGUUGAUACUGCGGGAGAGACCAAGAAGAUCUUCAAGUUUACCUUUUACACCACCGUGGGUGCGUAUGCGUGGUUGUACUUCUGGAAGAGAACGGCUUUCAAGGUGGAGUUGCCGUUAACGGUGAUUGGGUUCACGACGGUAGCCACUGCCACCAAGGGAAUCAUCACCAACUUGAGAGAAAAGAAUGAUGGAUGGAACACCUUCUGGGCCGUGGCGGCCGGGAACUUGGCGGUGUUGACGGGCGGCUUCAAGACCAUGCCGUUGAAGCACAAGUUCAUGACGGGUAUUUCUGGGGCUGCCAUCACCGGGUUAUUGAACCAGUGGUCAUGGGCUCAAAGUGUCAAUUCUCCUGGAAGAGAGGUGAAGCACAUUUUGAACACGGGAGAAGAGGUUCCUAAGCAGCAGUUUUGGGACGUGAUGAGAAGAAGACCGAUUUCCCAGACGGUAGAUGAGAUGGGAGUUGGCCGGGGGAUUCUCAAGCCAUAG